UAUAUACACACCACGAGUAGUCCGGGACACUGCAGUUCACUUGACACCUGUAUCUCUGUCCCCGUGACAUUUGUCAUCACAUGCUGAUAAAAGCAGCUUCGAUAGCACAACAAAGCAGUUGAGAAUUACCUUUUGGAUCGCAAGCUGCUUACCUGUGCUUACCUGUGCUUGAUAAUACCGACACAUUGCGACAGCUCAGAACACAGGCGGAGCCAUUACCACGACUGUGAACACGGCGUUCAGUCUGAUGACAGUUGUAGCCGAGAACGUGUGUGAACACCUGCAGUGAACAUCGCCUGUGAUUCUGAUCGACUCCUCCCUGCAUCGACAUCUCAAACUUGACGGUCCCUAUCGGGUGUCACUACGAUGUUCACUCCACUCACAGUGUGCUUUGUGGUCAGUGUUUGGGUGGGUGGCUCCCUCUGUCAGCCGGAGCCCGACACCGUGUACAACACCAUCGCUUUCUACGGCGCCACCAAGUUCCUGGAAUACACGGCGAGGCUGCCCGAGCUCGACACCAGACUGAAGGACGCCAGUGAAAGUCUGACAGUCUUCGCUCCCACUAACCGCGCCUUUGACGAACUUCCGGCCGAUGUGAAGAACGCCCUGGACACCGACCAGACGCUGCUGACCUCGGUGAUCAACUACCACGUGGUUGCAGGUCUGCCCGAGUUCACGGACAACGCCUUGCUGGCGACCUUAGGCGGGGCUUCUGCACGUGUGAACGUCUACACGACUCCUAGUGUGAUCACCAUCGCCGGGUCUGCUUUCCUGCUGUGGGACAUACCCGCCACAAACGGCCAGGUGGUCAUCGUAACCAAAGUGAUGUACCCGGUUCCCACGGGCACCGCCCUGUCUCUGGUCAACGGGGACACGUUCAGCAUGCUGCUGCUGGCGCUCACCCGGGCAGAUGCGUCGGCGCUACUGAACGUGGAAGGCAUGACGUUUCUGGCUCCCAGUGACGCGGCCUUCCAGAAGCUUGCACCCGGUGUGUACGCCGAUCUCCUGAACAACAUUCCACAGUUAACAACCGUUCUACUCAAUCACAUGAUCACCGGAGUGUGGUUUUCCGCUGGACUCCAAGAUGGCGCGACCCUGACGUCAGAAACUGACCAGAGCCUCGUUAUCGGCCUAUCAGCCAGCACCUUCACGAUAGGCGGCGCCACUGUGACGUCACGGGACGUCACCGUCACUAACGGGGUGGUGCAUGUCAUCGACACGGUGCUCCUACCGCCGGCGCUAACGGUCGCCGCACCCGCCCCCAGCUUCCGGGUGGUGUGAACAGGAUCGGCCACCCACAGAGGAGAAUUCUGGGAGCCUGGUGUCUGUGACGUCACUGAGUCAGCCAACUGCUGUCAUACAAACGUUUGUUACACCAUCAUGAUCUGUUGAAUAAAUAAACAAACAUCUGAAUAAAUUAAAUAUAAACAC